CAUGUGUGGGAGAUUGGGAGUGGCAAUCAAAAAUGGCUGGUAUUCUAAGAAAAAAAGAUCUACUUCUUACACCAGUACUACUACGUUCUAGCAUUAUUAGUCGUUCUUAUGGAGCUAGUGCAGGGAAGGAUGAGAGGGUUAGGAUCGGCUGUUCUUCUGGUUUUUGGGGUGACACGUCUGAGUCUGCGCCUCAGUUAGUGAGGUAUGGUGAUUUGGACUUUCUAAUUGCUGACUAUCUCUCGGAAAUAACAAUGUCCCUACUGGCUGGAGCUAAAAGAAAGAAACCAGAUAUGGGCUAUACUCCUGAUUUCAUAUCUCACUGUAUCAAACCACUCAUUCAUGACAUCAAGAAGCAAGGUAUUCGUGUCGUUACCAAUGCUGGUGGAAUCAAUCCCGAAGGGUGUGUUAACGCUAUUAAAAACGUCAUGUCGUCUGAGGGGGUGGAGCUAUCAGUUGCCAUGGUAACUGGAGAUGACAUGAUGAAGAACGUGAAGGAGAUUAAGGAUAGUGAAUAUGCUGUUGAUAUCGAAUCAGGUCGGACAUUACCCUCAUCUGUACUGAGCAUGAAUGCUUAUAUUGGGGGUUUCCCCAUUGCUGAUGCACUGGAUAAAGGAGCAGAUAUUGUCAUUACUGGACGUGCCACUGAUUCAGCACUAGCCCUUGGACCACUGAUACACAAAUUUGGUUGGAAGAGAACUGAUUAUGAUUUGCUAUCAUUAGGAAGUUUAGCUGGUCAUCUCAUUGAAUGCGGUGCUCAAGUCACUGGUGGCAUAUGCACUGACUGGGAUACUGUACAGGGAUGGGACAAUAUUGGAUUCCCUAUUGUUGAUUGUGCAAGUGAUGGCUCUUUUCUUGUGACAAAACCUCCCUGCACUGGGGGUGUGGUCAACUUUGGAACUGUAGCAGAACAACUGGUUUAUGAAAUAGGAGAUCCAACUAGCUACGUUCUUCCGGAUGUGACUUGUGACUUCUCAGGUGUGACUUUGAAGGAGAUGUCAGAUGGAGUACUUGUUAGUGGAGCUAGAGGGAACCCACCGACUGAGACUUAUAAAGUUUCAGCAACAUAUCUUGAUGGUUAUCGAGCAAUAGCAGUUUGUCCUGGGGUUGGCCCUAGAUCUGAUGAGAAGGCACUGAAGACAGUACAAGCUAUUUUUAAAAGGUGUUCAAGGCUAUUAAAGGAAAGAGGGUAUAAAGACUAUACAAAGACUCAUGUCCAUAUAAUGGGUGGAGGUAAGUCUUUAUCAGAGUCUGUCUCUUGGUUUGGGGUGGAGCAUCCUGUGAAAGAAGCUGUUGAGAUAUUUAGUACCGAAAUAGCACCAGCUGGCACUGGAAUGGCUCCUGGCCUCACUGCUAUAGUGGGAGGAAGACCAAAAGUUUCUCCAGUCAUUAAGCUUUUCUCGUUCUUGUAUCCAAAGGAUAAACUACCAUUAACAAUAUCAAUGGAUGGUAGUGUAGCAAUGGAGAAGGUUUAUUCAUCAGAUCCAGCUCCUCUUGAUGUUGGUAAUAAAGCAACUGAAACUGAUUCAAAGCAUAGCAUGCCUAAUAAGUUCCCGUUGGAUGGUAAGGAAUGUCUUAAUGACAUAGCUUACCUAAGAAGUGGAGAUAAGGGGAAUACCUCAAACAUUGGUGUGGUAGCAAGGGAUCCUGGGUAUUAUUCUUACUUGAAGGAUCAUGUGACGGAGAAGGUUGUAGCUGAAUGGUUUAAAGAGUUUUUGGAGCCUUCGGAAGAUGAAACCAUUUAUGACCUUGUGACAAGAUAUGAGUUGCCAGGUGUUUGUGGUCUCAAUUUUGUUCUUCGUAAGUCCCUCGGUGGAGGAGGUAUCUCUUCUCUACGCAGUGACCCUCAGGGUAAAGGCUACGGUCAAAGACUAGCAGUGUUACCUUUAAAAACAAAUUAAGUAUCAUUGUAAUCUUUUUUAUCAUUCAUGACAAGAUGGUAACACACAUACAUGUGCAUGUGAUGAAUAAUAAAUCAAGACUAUCAUUAUACACAUUAUGUUGUUAACUGAUAGACUAAUAUAGUGAGGUAGUUCCCAUAAUGUAAUACAUUAACUUAUGUAUAGUUUCCCCUUUCCUUUUUAAUAUUA